AUGGAUCCAACAGCACAUGCUACAUCACAGCCAUCAACUACAGAUCAAUUUGGUGCAAAACUGAAAGAUGCUUGUAUGAUAUUUCGAUUCUACUCGAGUAUCGUGCUCGUUAUCGUUGGAAUGAUCGGCUCAUUACUUUCAAUAAAAGUCUUUUCAUCAACAAAGAUUCGACGGAACUCAUCGAAUGAAUAUUUAAUAACAAUGAGCUUUAUUGUGGCUUUACUUCUAUUCAAUUUCUUCUGUGACGAAGUUCUACGAUCAAUCGUACAUGACUUUAAUGUUGAUUUACCAUUAAACCUAAUCGACUUAUCAGGCCCCCUUUGUAAAUGUUCAACGUAUUUUCGUCACACAUUGCGCUUUGCUGCACAUUGGAUUGUUGUUGCAUUUACAUUAGAACGUCUUAUUGUCGUCUAUUUUCCUUUACAAACAUCUGUCUUGUGCAAUCCACGAAGUGCACGGCGAAUCUGCUUCGUUAUCCUCGUUCUCUCCUUUCUUCUCCCAUUUUAUUCAUUCAUUAUGUCCGAUGUCAUUGAAAAUAAGAACCAUAAUUUACUCGAAUGUGAUAUAAUGGAUAAAUUCAAUCGAAUUUAUUUCUAUUUGACCAUUAUUUAUGGUAAUUUAACAUUGACAUUUCCCAUUUGCAUUGUUUGUAUCGUCAAUAUUUUAACUGUUCGCCAAUUAUUACGCGCUGGCCGUCUGAGGAAAAAACAACAGCAGUUGCGACAAACAAAAAAAAUUGAUAGCGCAAAUAAAGAAUAUGUAAAUAUGAUUGUCAAGAAUCAAUUAGAAAACGAUAAAGUCACAUGGAUGCUCGUUGUUAUCUCGAUCACGUUCGGAAUAUUAAACUUUCCCUAUUUUAUUCUCUGGCUAGUCACUUGUAUCAUACGCGUGCGCGGCAAAAGACCAUCGGACUAUAUGGAAUCAGCGAAAAUGGUCGCUGAAGUGUUUUAUUUGCUCAAUUAUAGUUUGUACUUCUUUCUCUAUGUGAUUUCUCGACGAAGUUUUCGUAAAGUUCUGAUCGAAAAGAUGCGCUGGCGUUGUGACUGUUUCGAUCAAUGGCGUUUGAACGAAAUGCGUCUCGAUAGCACAGUACGUUCUCAGCAAUCGCCCAAGCCAACGGCCAUAUACAAUGGCAUGACUAACACAAGUUUCACUAGUCGAACAUCGAUAACACAUUUACGAAUGAGUUCAAUGCGUCGUGGACAAAUGAAUCAAAACUCGAAAAAACUUCCAAGUGAUCGUUUGUAUUCAUUGGUUAUAGCUGAAGAUGUCAACGGAAAUGGUUCGAACAGCGUCGGAAAUGCUGUUUGA